AUGUCAGUCGUUCCGUACCAAAAGGACCUAAGGGUGGUUUGGAAGCAUCCUGAUUCCAGAUCCGUAGUUCUCUACUCCAAAGAGCAUCAGAGCUUCCAGUAUAUUUCUUUAGACAGAGUUGAUGAAGUCAAUGGAUCAGAUAGUGACUAUUUUCACAGUAAAAACGGAAGUAACCAACGAAGAAGAUCAUCGACAGUAUGUCCGAGAUGUGGCUUUAAUAUGAGUAGAUCAUCUCCAGAAUCCAUGUUCAAUAACAACUACUUCAAGCUGCUUGCAAACGUUCAAAGCAAUAAACUAUCAGAGCAAGAAAAAGAUAGCCAUAUGAAUUUGCUCAAUAGCGCCAUAAAGUUCCCAUCCUUUAAAUUGAACCGAUCCACUUUUCCGGACAAUCUAUUCAGUCAGGGCUAUUUUGCAAAGUUCUUCACAGAAUUAAAUGUUUUGGGGCAUGGUAGUAACGGGGUGGUGCUCAAAGUUGAACAUGUAUUGAAUGAUUCAUGUCUCGGGGUAUUUGCUCUGAAGAAAAUUAGUAUUGGAGAGAAGCUCUCCAACCUUGAAAAUGUUCUCAACGAGGUCAAGAUAUUAUACCAGUUAACCAACGCAGAUGUGCAAUUAGGAGGCAACCUGGUUAGUUAUAAUCAUGUCUGGCUGGAAGUUGAUCAACCGACUGAUUUCGGCCCAAAGGUCCCUUGUGUGUUCAUCUUAUUUGAAUACUGUGAUGGAGGAGAUUUGGAAAGCUUCAUUGAUCGGCUUAAACACCCCAAGCUCGACAUAGAACAGGAGAAACAAUAUAGAAGGAUGGUAAGAAAGGGACUAACUGCAGAAAGAGGAGUACACGAGCCUCGGUCUCUUAACGACGUGGAGAUUUGGAAACUGUUCAAAGAUAUUACAAAUGGUGUUCAACAAUUGCAUUCUUCUCAUAUAUUACACAGAGACUUAAAGCCAUCUAAUUGUCUAUUAAAAUACAGGUAUGAAAAGGAGGUCACCCAGUUGGAUGAGUAUAAUGACAUUCCAAAAGUCAUGGUGAGUGAUUUUGGAGAGGGAACUUUUGACAAUAUCGAACGUUCCUCGUCAGGAUACACCGGAACCUUAGAGUUCACCGCUCCAGAAGUGUUUGGCUCGAACUAUUCACGAGCUAGUGAUGUUUAUUCUCUAGGAUUGAUCUUAUAUUUCUUGUGUUUCGGUGACCUUCCGUAUAAAACACAGGAUAUAAAAAGAGAAAUUCAACAAUACGCUAAAGGAGAAUCGGACCUCUUUACAGAAAUUGAUGUUAUUAGGAACGAUAUCUCCAAAGAUUGGGUCAAACUGAUUCUUGAAUGUUGCUCUUUAGACGCAGAUAAACGGCCUUCAGCCUCAGAAAUCUUGGCAAAUUUGAAUACUAUUUACUUGCAAUUGGAAGCCAAACAACAAAAUAAAGAACAUCCUGAGCCAGAAGCAUACGGUAUCCACCCUCCUGAUUCGUUCAACUAUCCAAAAUUUCUUGCAGUGAUUGUAAAUGUGUUACUACUGAAGGUUCAACAAAACACAUUCAAAAUGGUAACAUGUUUCAUCAUUGGCCUAUCAUUUCACGUUACAACCAAAAACAUGAUCAUGCUAAGUGUGUUGAAUGCGCUUUUUUCGGUGCUUUCGAUUGUCUAUCUUAACAGCAACUAG